AUGCUUGGAUUUGGGGUAGAUCCGGAUAAGUAUGAAUCGGCAAGGACAGGACCGUGGAGCCCUUUCAUUCCCAAAUCAGCUUCCGUGAAGAUUGGAGUCGGCGUGCAUGAGUGUAGAAUGGGUAAAAAGAUGAAAGAUGCGCUCGGUGCCCGCGAGGAGUUCGAAUAUCCCAGCAGGCUUGGACCACGCAAAUGCAAGGAUUUCAAGCGUCAUCCAAGAGUGGACCAUCAACAUGCCGUUCUUUAUGACCACUCGUCGACGACGUGCACCCAUGGCAAGAGCCACACCAAUGGCUCCUCGUCACCGUGGAGGCCUCCUCAGCAGCUUCAAGCCGCGGAGGACGCAUGUCGCCAUGGCCCCGCGACCGCGCACCAGGAGACCCAUGGUAAGACCGUUAAUUCUGCUUGCGACGGCUACUGA